AUGUCAAAACAGUCGCCAAGAAUCAUCCAAGGUCUUCUCAGACUUCACUACAAUCAUGUUUCUAACUCCAAGCCCUUACCUUUAACCACUCCUUCACUUGCCUCUAGAAUUGCUACCUCAUUUACUCGACCUUCCUCAAAUGGCUCCUCAAAUUUCACUUCUUUGAACUCCCAAAUCCCAUGUUUUGCUUCAAAAACUUCUUCUUCUAAUCUGGGUUUAUCUCAAUUUCUCUCUUUUACAAAACCCAAUUCAUCAUUUUCCAAGAAAGGGAGUUUUUUUUAUGGGGUGAGACAGUUUUCUUUCAAGGGUUCUUUAGAUUUGGGGAAAAGGGUUGAUGGGAAUUUUGCGAAACAGGUUUUUGAGAAGCCGGCUACGGCUGUUACCACUGCUUUCUCAAGGUACCGUGAAGCUUUAGGGUUGCAAAUUGAUGCCUUUUUAAAGAGGAAUUCCUUGUUUUUGAUUGGGGCAGGAGGAGUGAUAUUUUGCGCUUUGCUUUGGAGGAUUAUGUUUGGGAUUGCUAAUACUUUUGUUAGUCUAUCUGAAGGCAUGGCUAAGUAUGGCUUUCUGGCUCUUUCGUCUGCCAUCGUUGCUUUUUCUGGCCUGUAUAUCCGCUCAAGAUUUACAAUCAAUCCUGAUAAAGUUUAUAGAAUGGCCAUGACAAGGCUGAAUACCUCAGCUGGGAUUCUUGAGGUUAUGGGUGCUCCUCUUACAGGAACAGAAUUAAGAGCCUAUGUGAUGUCAGGAGGUGGGCUUACACUGAAGAACUUCAAGCCAACCGUUAGGAGCAAGCGGUGUUUUCUCAUCUUCCCAAUACAAGGUUCUGAGAGAAAAGGUCUAGUCAGUGUUGAAGUUAAGAAGAAAAAAGGCCAGUAUGAUAUGAGGUUAUUGGCUGUCGACAUUCCCAUGGCAUCAGGACCUGAUCAGCGAUUAUUUCUAAUUGGGGAUGAAGAAGAGUACAAGGUUGGUGGUGGAUUGAUAUCAGUGCUGAGAGAUCCUGUGGUGAAAGCAAUGGCAGCAACGAAGGAGUUUGAUGCUCUUGACCAAAUCGAGGAAGAGGAGGAUGCAGAGAGGGAACUUCAGGAAGCUGAAAGAAAGCACCAUGAGGAAAUUGAGAAACUUGAAAAAGGAGAGCACCAGGAGCUGCUGAAGUCAGACAUAUGCGUAGUUCAUUUUCAAACUGAUCAACUAUCAAUGAAGCUCAAGUCCUCUAUUUCCACAAUUGCUUUCCUUUUCUUCAUACUUCCUACUGUUCCCCAGGUUAUUGCUGACCUGAAUUCUGACAGACAAGCGCUUCUUGACUUUGCUGCUGUCGUCCCACACAUCCGGAAACUCAAUUGGAAUGCCUCUACCUCAGUUUGCACCUCCUGGGUUGGAAUUACCUGCAACAUAAAUGGAACCCAAGUGAUCGCUGUCCGUCUUCCAGGUGUUGGACUGUUUGGCCAUAUCCCAGCCAACACUAUAGGGAGACUUAAUUCUCUUAAGAUUCUAAGUCUCCGAUCCAAUAGCCUCAAUGGAAAGCUUCCUUCUGAUAUCCCUUCCCUUCCUUCCCUUCGGUACCUAUAUCUCCAACAUAAUAACUUCUCAGGUGUCUUCCCUGCCUUGCUCUCCCUUCCACUCACUGUCUUGGAUCUUUCCUUUAACUCCUUCACCGGCAGCAUUCCACUCACCUUGCAGAAUCUGACACAGCUCACUGUAUUAUACCUCCAAAACAAUUCCAUCUCUGGAGGCAUACCCUAUAUCAACCUUCCAAAACUCAAGGCUUUAAAUCUGAGCUUUAACUACUUCAAUGGUACAAUUCCAUCAUCUUUCCAGAAGUUCUCCUAUUAUUCGUUCAUUGGGAACUCUCUUUUAUGUGGACUGCCUCUCAAGCGUUGCCCCAAAAUCUCCUCUUCCCCUUCUCCUUCCCCAAAUGACUCUCUAAACCCACUAACAAAGCCCCAAUCUCACACUGCUUCCAACAAGAAACUCGGUUCAAAUUCUAUAAUUGCUAUAGCAAUUGGGGGAUCAGCGGUGCUGUUUCUCAUAAUUCUGGUUUUCUUUGUUUGCUUCUUGAAAAGAAAAGAUGGGGUAGGAAACACAGUGUUGAGAGGGAAGGUUGAGGGUGAGAAGCCUAAGGAUUUUGGGAGUGGCGUGCAAGAGGCUGAGAAGAACAAACUUUUCUUCUUCGAAGGCUGUUCUUAUAGCUUUGAUCUUGAGGAUUUGUUGAGGGCUUCGGCUGAAGUACUUGGGAAAGGGAGUUAUGGAACAGCCUACAAGGCAGUCAUGGAGGACGGGACAUCAGUGGUGGUGAAAAGGUUGAAGGAAGUUGCUGCUGGAAAGAAGGAAUUUGAGCAACAGAUGGAGGUUAUAGGGAGAGUUGGACAGCACCCUAAUAUUGUGCCACUCCGUGCUUAUUACUACUCGAAAGAUGAGAAGCUUCUAGUUUACAACUACAUGCCAGCAGGCAGCUUAUCUGCACUCCUUCAUGGCAAUGGGGCUGAAGGUAGUACUCCACUGGAUUGGAAUGCGAGAGUGAAGAUCUGCCUUGGAACUGCCAGGGGUAUUGCUCGCAUUCAUUCCGAGGGAGGUGCCAAAUUUUCCCAUGGUAACAUCAAGGCCUCCAAUGUACUCCUCACCCCAGAUCUUGAUGGGUGCGUCUCUGAUGUUGGCUUGGCUCCUCUAAUGAACUUCCCUGCAACUGUGUAUCGAACCAUUGGAUACCGUGCCCCGGAGGUGAUCGAAACACGCAAAGUCACUCAGAAAUCUGAUGUUUAUAGUUUUGGGGUGCUCCUCCUCGAAAUGCUGACUGGGAAAGCCCCACUCCAAGCUCCAGGGCAUGACAGUGUGGUUGAUCUUCCAAGAUGGGUGCGGUCUGUUGUCAGAGAAGAAUGGACCGCAGAGGUUUUUGAUGUUGAGCUAGUGAGGCACCAAAAUAUUGAAGAGGAAAUGGUGCAGAUGCUUCAGAUUGCGCUGGCUUGUGUGACAAAAGCACCGGAUAUGCGUCCGAAAAUUGAUGAUGUUGUUAGGAUGAUAGAGGAAAUUCAACAUUCUGACUCAAAGAAUCGGUCAUCCUCCGAGGCGGAGUCUAAUGUUCAAACCCCAUGA